ACUAGCACGAUGAGAACGUUUUCGUUGUGUAAGUGAACUUGAAAAGUGGAGGGUAUUAAAUCGAAAUAAAGAAGUUAUUUCUUUUCCCUAGCAUUGAGAUGGGAAACAAGAUAAGUGAACUUUUACCUACAGUAUCAAGAAGUUUUAAAAAUUACAACAUUGAAAAUCGAUCACACAGGUUUAUUCAAAAAGACAAAUUACCAGCAGCACCACGACAUGACUCCACGGCAGAUAUAUUGGAAAAAUUCUCCAAAGAACACCCAGAGUUGUAUGAAGCUCAAAAAGUCAAAGACAAUGUGCUGGACGAACGCUUAAAGACGUUACAUGUAGAUUCAACUGGGAAAAACCAAGAUAUUGUAGCCAAAAAAUUGCCCCAGAGCAGAAAGGAAACAGAAGACCCUGAAUUCGGAUUCGAUGAACCCGCUUCAAUACCAGAAGGAAAAGUGACUCUUCGACAAACAUUAGAAUUUAUAUUGAAUCAUCAAAAAUACCCAGAAGAAUACUCGUCAGAACAAGUUGCCAAAGAAUAUAAGUUAGACCCUGUUCAAGUAAAAAAUGUGUUAAAACAUUUUCAGACUUUUGAAUUGCAUGUAUCCAAUGAAUUCAAGAAAAGGAAUGAAAAAGCUAUGAAAUAUUUGUCAUCACAAAGACAAGAGCCUACUGUUUAUAAGCUUGCUGAGUCGACGGAUAUAUCAAAAGAAAUUGACAAAAAAACAGCAAACAAAUAAGUUUCAUCCUCGUUGUCUGUGAAAGAGAAUAUAUACAGGAAUUAAUUGAGGUGCAUUAUCUCUGUCUCAUGCAUUUUGAUAUGGAAAGAAAUAACAUGCUUAAAUAUUUAAAACCAUGCAGGUUCUCUCAGAUGCAGUUGUAACAUUGACAAAAAAACUCUUAAGUUUGUUUGUUUCUUUUUUUAAAUGCAAAUUAAAAGUCACAAAAUGAACUUGGGAGAUACUUUCCUCAGAGCCCUCAUUUGUAAUAGCUCUCUUCUGUAGCAUUUUGAUCUUCUACAUAUGUAACACAUACUUAAGUUACUGAGCAUACUGAGUGCAUGAUGUACUACAUGUAUAUAUAAAUGUUGCACAUUUUGAUAUGAAAUAUUCUAAUGAAUGCACUUUGAUUUGUUUUCAUCAUGUUCAUUAGAAUUGGAAAUCUUUUUA